UAGCCUCCCGGCGGCCGGGCGGAGGGCCUGCUCCUCUCCUGGGCUUCCCAGCCAUGGCUUGCCGCUGCUGCCCGGAGCCCCGAAGGCAGGGCAGCAUCCUCUACAGCAUCCUGAAGAGCCAGGCGCAGGGGCAGCCCCGGGAGGAGGAGGAGGAGCAGGAGGAGGAGGAGGCCAAGGCCUCCCUGCCCGAGGAGAGCCAGGCCCUGGGUUCGAGCCCCGGCGGGGGCGGCAGGGGCUGCUGCUGCGCCUCGGGGCGUCGGGUGUGCCUGCGGAGCCCCCAGGCGGCGGGCAAGGCGGCCUCGGCGGUGCUGGUGAAGACGCUGCGCUUCGUCAAGAGCCUGCCUUGCUUCCAGGAGCUGCCCCUGGAGGAGCAGCUGCUGCUGGUGCGGAGCGGCUGGGCGCCCCUGCUGGUGCUAGGCCUGGCCCAGGACCGCGUCCCCCUGGAGACCGUCGAGGACCCCCAGCCCAGCAUGCUCCAGCGCCUCCUCACCCGAAAGGGGCACCGGCAAGAGGAGCCCCCGACGCCGCCCAACAGAGCCAGCCGCCCGAGGCUGCCCUCGCCCGAGGAGAUCCGGGCCAUCCAGGGUUUCCUGGCCAAGUGCUGGAGCCUGGGCAUCAGCACCAAGGAGUACGCCUACCUCAAGGGCGCCGUGCUCUUCGACCCGGAUCUGCCAGGGCUGCACUGUGUACAGUACAUCCAGGGACUGCAGCAAGAAGCACAGCAAGCCCUAAACGAACAUGUCAGACUGAUUCACAGAGGGGAUCAGGCCAGAUUUGCUAAACUUAAUGUGGCUUUGUCCAUGCUCAGAUCCAUUAAUGCCAAUGUUAUUGCAGAACUCUUCUUUAGGCCCAUCAUUGGGACAGUAAAUAUGGAUGACAUGCUGUUGGAGAUGCUUUGUGCAAAAUUAUGAAGUCCAGUGUCAAAAUCAGAUAAAUAUUAUGACAGAACAAUCCAACCAUGAAAAAGUCCUACAACAAAAUAGUGUAAAGUAUUGUAAAAUAAACUAACUUAUUGUUUUUACAUAACAAAUAUUUUUGUAUUCAGUAAUAAAAUAUUCUUUGAGUGCAUUUUCAUUUUUAUUAAAUACACAUACUUUAAGCUGUAUGGUCUGCAACAUUGGUGUACCUUACAAGAAAAAAAAGAGACAUGAGACCCUGUGCAACUUAACAUUACUGUGUUCAGUGGAAUUUGCUUUUGUGUAAAAGUGCACAGGAUUGCAGUAUUCAUUCAUUUUCCAAAGUAAAAUGAGAUGUUCUUUCAUGAAAACCUAACCUCUUUCAUGAAAACCUAAGCUCAUCUCCAUAUUAUAUGUUCAGAACGUAGGUCUGUACAUCAUCUCUUCUUAUAACCCUAUGUUCUUAAAACAUGUGCUACAUCCAACAGAGUUUUCUCUCUUACAGAGAAUCUUUGUUCUGUACAGUUAACUCCGAUUGAGCAAAACUGAUCUGAUGGGUUUUAAAAGAGACUUUAUUGUGUCAGAAGCCUGUACCCCAACCUAUAAUUUGGAUGGGAUGGAAGCAGACAUCUUCAUCCAGGGGAUUCUUAACAUAUAUUGCCAUUUACUGGUAAAGAAUUUUGGUCCUGCAAUAUAUGACCCAUAAAAAUUAGAAUACUGUAUAUUUAUAUCGGAAACCAAACUGUAGAGCAUCCUACACACUGCUAGUAAAUACAAGCAAUUAUUUUCUUUUCCCUUUGGAUGUUGUACAAAGAGGAUAGAUUCCUCUCUCAAGCAUCUGACAAAAAUGUCCAUGAAGUUAAUAGCUUUAAUCUAGAUAGUGCAAUGCUAUUGCAUGGAUUAAAAUUUGGCUUGGCAUGGACCAAGGCUGUAUGCCUAAAGAUCAAACAAAUUUGUUUUCCAUUGUCAAACAACAUUCCGAAAUGAAUUUAUACAGAGUAGUCAUCUUACACACACCUUAUGCACACCUUACAAUGUUUACCAGAAACAAUGAAAAUAACAAAGGGGAGAUAUAUGAAAAAAUAAAAUUUGAAAUUCAGUCUUGAAUAUAUAACUGACAGUAUUUUUUCCAGGCCUCCAAGCUACAUUUGUGGAGCAGAGCAAAGCAAAAUAGCCAUAAAUUAGAUGAUGUUUACUUAGAAAUCAAUGGGCAGAUUGCUAAGAAUGCAUUAAUAAAUAUUACUCUUGUGACGUACAAAGGCUAUUCUUAAGAACUGAGCAGUUGAGCAACAGCUUCAUUCAUUGCCAUUUAAAUAAUACUAAGGAUAUAAAAAAUGUAUAGCCUUAAAGGGGAAUAUUGUUUUCAAUAUUAAUACCAUAUGUACAUAUAUUAUAUAGUGUUAGUCUGUGCUGAUAAUUCCAACAAAGAAUUUUACAAGGAGUUCAGGAAAUAGUGAAAAAGAUGAGUAUGCAUUAUGAAAAUAUUAAAUAUAAAGUAUGUGGUGAAUGUCAGCUGUAGAAAAGAAAAAUAUUUAGAUUAGGGCCAUUUUUUGACUCCAUAUCCAAACAUUCAUCCCCACAGAUGCAGCAUUGCAGCUGCUGGUGUCAUAAACCUGUUCUUCUUGCCUGCUGCAGAUUCCAAAAGACUAGGUUGACAAACACUUGGAAGGCUGUAGUCGGUUUGAUAGUUCACAAGUUGUGUAGGCGUUGUUUAGGAAACUGCAUGCAAACACCCAUGCAUAUCAAAUGUAAUUUAUUUACAUUAAUGUGUUAAAUGUUUAAUGUUAGCUUACACAAAACAAAUUAAAGGUGGACUCAAAAUACCAGAUGUAAAGUGAGAAGAUAAAUACCAUUAUAAAAUAAUUGCAAAAUUGAACAAUUGAUACUCUAAAAUAUUUGGAAUUUCACCAUCAAUAGGCAUCAGUGAU